CAUUACUUCAAACUCAAACCACACAAGAAGGUUCUUAAAAAACUUGCCUAAGUCUCUCCGUCCUCCAAGUCUCCUUAACAUGGGCCGUGUGAAAUUCGACUCCAAGCCUUCUACGCCGGAGCAUCAGCUAAGGAAAAUUUUCAAGAAAUUCGUCAAUAACGAACAUCGGCUCGGCAAGCAAGAGCUAAAGGAAGCCUUUGAAUACUUAGGCUCAAUUAUCCCUGGCUUUCGAGCCAACCGCGCCCUCCAUCAUGCCGAUGCCAAUGAAGAUGGAUUCAUCGACGAAGAGGAGAUGAACGAACUAGUGAAUUACGCUAUCAGAGUUGGAUUUACUUGUAAUAAGAAAUCAAGUGGAAUCGAGGCCCUAGCGGACGAGCAGCUGAGGAAAAUUUUUAAGCGAUACGACAUCAACAAUGAUGGUCAGCUAAGCAGGGAAGUGCUAAAGAAAGCCUGUCAAUACCUUGACUCAGUUAUCCCUGGCUUUGGAGUCGACCAUGCCAAUGCCAAUGGAGAAAAUUUCAACGAGGAAGAGGGGAUGAACGAACUCGUGAAACACGCUGCGCGACUUGGAUAUACUAUAUCAGGUGGAACCGUAACAGAUGAUCAGCUGAGGAAAAUUUUCAAGCAAUACGAUGUCAAGAACGAUGGUCAGCUCAGCAGGGCAGAUAUAAAGAAAGCCUAUCAAUACCACAACAAAGAGGAGUUGAACAAACUCGUGAAAGACGCUGUGCGAGUAGGAUUUACCGUUAAGCCGUAGAAAUCCUUAAUUACGUACAAGCGGACUCACCCCACACCAGAAGGCUAAGUGGCACAUAGAAAGCUCGCUGGUGGAGAUCGUUUGUCCAGGCCUUUUCGGCAAUACAAGAGUGAGAUCUGAGAUUUUCCGCCGAGAGAAAAGCAUCAAGAUGAGUGGUUGUGGAGUAACUUGUGGUGGAAUAGGCAGAGAAAGGUGAAUUUCGUGAACUCUCAGAGCGAAUUAAUGCUAUUAAAAAUACCCAGAAGAUACGGAAGUCUGAAGCUAUGAAGCUCGUGGCAACUGCACAGGUCCGACGAGCUCAAGAGGCAGUCAUAAAUGGCACACUCAAAGUCGCGGUGAGGGUGAAUCGUUCAACACAGAUUUAUGGUUGAGGGUGGAUUGUUGACAGCGUUCCGCCUCGUCCCCCAGCCUAAGUUUCAUUUCGAGAGAGAGCGAGAGAGAGGAAAACAAAAAUUAUUUCUAUGGUUUUGCUAAUGAACAGUAAUGAGUAAUCUCGUAUUCUUAA